AUGACUGACAAUUUGGAAUCCGUUGAUGUUUUGCAAGCAAACAUCAUUGCUGCUGGUACAAACAAAAAGACCAGAAGAAUCGUUAAUGGAUUCGGUGGGUUAAUGGGUUCAAAAGAGAUUACUUCACCUCAUUUCCUUGAACAAGAAGCCGCUGCUGCUGCUGAAGCUGAAAAGAAAGAGAAGGAAAAUGUUGAAUCUCUUUUAGCCAAAGAUCGUGCUGAAAAAGCAAAAUACUCCAAAAAUAAACAUAUUUCUGAACAACCAUGGACUUUACAAAAUUGGCACCAACAUAUUAACUGGUUAAAUGUUGUAUUAGUUGUUGCUAUUCCAUUGAUUGGUUUAUUCUCAACAAGUCGUGUUCCAUUAAAAUUAAACACUGCUUUAACUGCUAUUGUCUUGUAUGUCUUUGGUGGGUUAUCAAUCACAGCUGGUUAUCAUAGAUUAUGGGCCCAUAAAUCUUAUAAUGCUAAAGCUCCAGUUCGUAUCUUUUAUGCCUUGUUUGGUGCUGCCGCUGUGGAAGGUUCUAUUAAAUGGUGGGGUCAUUCUCAUAGAAUUCAUCAUAGAUACACUGAUACUCCAAGAGAUCCUUAUGACGCUAGAAGAGGGUUCUGGUAUAGUCAUAUGGGUUGGAUGUUGAUGAAACCAAAUCCAAAAUAUAAAGCUAGAGCUGAUAUCUCAGAUUUAAUUGAUGACUGGGUUGUUAGAGUUCAACAUAGACAUUAUUUGGGAAUUAUGGUUUUCAUGUCAUUUAUUUUCCCAACUUUAGUUUGUGGUUAUUUCUUUAAUGAUUAUCUUGGAGGUUUUAUCUAUGCUGGUAUCUUAAGAGCUUGUUUCAUUCAACAAGCUACUUUCUGUGUUAACUCAUUGGCUCAUUGGAUUGGUGUUCAACCAUUUGAUGAUAGAAGAACUCCAAGAGAUCAUUUCUUGACAGCCUUAGUUACAUUUGGUGAAGGUUAUCAUAAUUUCCAUCAUGAAUUCCCAACAGAUUAUAGAAAUGCUAUCAAAUGGUAUCAAUAUGAUCCAACAAAAAUUGUUAUUUAUAUCCAUUCUAAAUUAGGUUUAGCUUCAAACUUGAAAACUUUUUCACAAAAUGCUAUUGAGCAAGGUUUAGUUCAACAACAACAGAAAAAAUUAGAUGCUGCAAGAUCAAAAUUGAAUUGGGGUACACCAUUAUCUCAUUUACCAAUUUGGGAUAAAUCUGAAUAUUUUGAAAAAUCUAAGGAUAAGAAAGGUUUGGUUAUCAUUAGUGGUAUUGUUCAUGAUGUUUCAGGUUAUAUUUCAGAACAUCCAGGUGGUGAAGCAUUAUUAAAAUCUUCAUUAGGUAAAGAUGCUACUAAGGCUUUCAAUGGUGGUGUUUACUUACAUUCUAAUGCUGCUCAUAACUUGUUGGCUACAAUGAGAGUUGCAGUUAUUAGAGAUUCAGGUGCAACCAACAACACUUUUGAUCCAAAUGUUGGGUUUACAAAAAAAGCUGAGUAG